AUGGUGGAAAAAGAAGUUCUUAUUGAGAAUCCGUGGUACAGUUCCUUACUUCUGCUCUUGGUGCUGACCCUGCUGGGGUUAGGGCUUGUACAGCCCUCCUAUGGCCAAGACCGAAUGUACCAACGGUUCAUUCGACAGCAUGUGGACCCUCAGGUGACAGGUGGCAAUGAUAACUACUGCAAUGUGAUGAUGCAGAGACGGAAGAUGACUUCUUACCAGUGCAAACGCUUCAACACCUUCAUCCAUGAAGACAUCUGGAACAUUCGUAGCAUCUGUAGUACUACCAACAUCCAAUGCAAGAAUGACGAGAUGAACUGUCAUGAAGGUGUAGUGAAGGUUACAGACUGCAGAGAGAUAGGGAACUCAAAGCCCCCCAACUGUAGAUACAGGGCGAGAGCCAGCACUAGACGAGUUGUCAUUGCCUGUGAGGGUAGCCCAGAGGUCCCAGUGCACUUUGACAGAUAGAUGCCAUCCUGUAGCUGCUACAGCUGGUAGUUGACCUCUGAGUCAGUGAGAAUAGCAAUUCUCACCCCAGGCUUUGUUUCCUUUGUUCAUUUCUUGUACUCACAUAUAUCCAAUAUAACCAUCAUAUUAAGUGCAUUCUAUCAAAGAGAAGAAAGAAGACUCUCAUAGCACUGUUGGCUUGGUUCUCCCAGAUCCUAUCCCCUGAACCUUAUGCAUUACAUGUAUUCAGAGAGUAUCUCAACUAUUAUAAAGAGCUUUUGCUGUCCAACUUGUCUCAUUCCAAUCCUCUAACAGCCCUUGAUGCCAAUUCUAAUACUUUAUUUAGAAGCUUCGAGUUAAAGGAUUUGACAACCACAAAAGACAGUGAAAGAUCUCAGACAAAAAUCCAAUUGAAAGCACUACUCAAAAAAGGUGUUACCCAUAUUGUUAUAUACACUUUCUGUAAUCCAAAAAGUGCCAUCGUUAGGGAAGUCACUAAGAGUUUGGAAAUAGGGACUGGAGAGAUGUCUCUGAGGCUAAGAGCACUGGCUGCUCCUCUAGCGAACCCAGGUUCAAUUCCCAGCACCCACAUGGCAGCUCACAACUGUCUGUAAUCCAGCUCUAGGUGAUUUGACUCCCUCACACAGACAUACAUGUAGGCAGAACACCAGUGCACAUAAAACUAAAAUAAAGAUUUUGGAAAUAACAUAUUGGCAAAAUGAGAGUUACUUGGUAUCAUUUUGGUUUGUGACUUCUAAGAUUUCUUUUUUAAAUAUAUGGAAAAUGAAGUAAAUCACUAAGAUUCGUUUACCAUUCUCCUCUGAAAGAUUUUCAAUAUUUCAUUAUAAUAAAGAGCUAUAUGUUGAACCAA